GUUUUGUCCCUCAGUGGACACCAUCCAAGCUAUAUUAAAGAGCUCCACAUCAGUGUUGUGUGCUGCUCGAAGCUAAAAUAUGUCACUUUAUAUGCCUCUGAUUAUGUUCUGAACAUGUGAAAUGUCUGUUUUGCGCAGAGCUGAAACAUGGGAAAUAUCCGAAUCUGAAGACAGCGACGCUGACACAACAAACAAAGAAAGUUAUGGUGGAAGAAGCGGUCACAUAGUGACAGUCAGCUGCACAGACUUUAAACAGGACCCAACUCCAGACCCCAAGAGUCAAAUCCUCCAACCAACAAGCAAGUCAGCUCAAACUUCCUUGUCUCCGCCGCGACUCAAUGCACGUGAAUGCACACCAAGCCCUGCAAGGAAACGCCGAAGUAAAGAGGAGAUAGAGGCGGAGAAAGAGAGAACCAGGGAGCGGAGGGAGGAGAGGGAGAGACAAAGGGCAGUCAAGGCCCGAGAGAAGGAUCAGAAGAGACAGGAGCAGCAGAGGAGGAGAGAGGCGGCGGAGAACCUGAAGAGUCUGCGGCCGGAGAACUGCCUCAAAUGUCUGACAGUCUGCAUAGAUCCAGGUACAGACCGUGCUACCUUCAGGUGCUGUGGGAAAGAUGCUGUUCGUCAGGUGGAAAGAAGCUUGCUUAAAGUUAGGGAAUGAUUACAGCUAUUGAUUAAUAGUAAAAAUGUAAUCAUAAAUACAUUUUCACCACACAUUUCUUCAAAGUAUUUCAAUACAUAUGUUAACCAUCGUUGACUUUCUUUCUCCAGCUCUCCUGCAGCAGGAUGGCUCAGACAUCCUACUGGACACUCUGGUAUCCUUUGAGUGGAGGUUCAGCAUUGAGACCCAGCAGCAGCUCCCACACAGCAUCACCUGGAUGAGGGAAUUACCUCAGGUAUACCUCUUUGCGAAAUAGAUCUUGUGCAUUUCACCCUGGAGCUUUUUGCUGCUAAUGAAUCACAUAUUCACAUUUGCGUGUUUGUCUUCAGCAAGCAGAUGAUGGUAAGAACAUGGUGGAGGAGGAGCAGGUGGUUCUGGUGCUGAAACUGACUGAAUUUAUGGACAUGGUGAUUGCUAUUAAAACAGUAAGCAACAUGUAAAGUUUUUAUCUUGUGGCAUUCAUGCUGCAAUUUCCAGCUCUUGAUAUGUUCUUGCAAUGAUACUGCAGAUGCUGGACAGUGAUGAAGAGGAGACGGGGACGGGGUCUGUCUUUAGUCUUGUCUUAGAGUGUCUCAACCGUGAUUCAAAGAAGGUGGUCACUCUGUUAGUGAUAGACUCUCAGACACAAUACAGGUGAGUAUAUGAUCUAUUGAUCCCUCAUAAAGCAGUUACAUUUGUAUGAACAAACUUUAUUGACCUCGAGUGUUCAAACACCUAUUCUUUUUGAUUCACUUACUUACAGGGUUGAUGCUUGUGGCAUGUAUUCACUAAAUCAGACUCUACACUCCAGCCUGGGUGUUGACUGUAUAUACAUGGAGGAGGUGAGUAUACUCAUGUUCUCUCUCCAGAUUAAUAAUCAGUUUUAGCUGUUUGUCAAAAGUUGAAAGUGAACCUUUAGAUAAAUUUUCUUAGAUAUGGUCCAAAACUCACUUGUUGCGAUUCUAAAGCUGGUCUAAAAGGGAUCAGGUCCAGAGGAAACAAUGUUUUGUGUUUCUCCAGGUUCUGGUAUAUCUGCAGCUCUGUAAGAAUAUCUCGGUGGUGUUCCUGGAUGGCUGGCAGGAGGUCACUGAUCAUGUGUGUGCUGUCACAAAGGCCUUAUCCAAACGCCCCUUCAAGUACGCAACCACUUAAAGGGAUUUUCCGGUGUAAAAUUAAGUUAGGGUCAAACACACCUUAACACCGAGUUAGACACCCCAUCGAGGGAUGAAUGUUGCCGACCGCUUGCUUCUCUAGUUAUACAGACUUUAGUAAUGACUGCACAUAGCAAUACAGAAAGCUAUGCGUUCAACCAAAACGCCACUCUAUAGCCACAAAUAAUGCUCAGAACAGCACCUAACUUCAUCAACAGUUUAUAUAGGGACCCAGCCAUAGUACUAGCCACCAAACAUCUUUUUAACUUUGCCUGAUUUGUUUAGCAAAGAGACUAAACACAACUCACCCACUCUCUUCCAGCAGCCGCUUGUUUGUAGCAAGACCUUGGGCCAGUCCAUUACGGACAACAGCGGGGUGAUGCAGCUCAAGGAAGAACAUUUAUGAUCAUUUCCUCAUGGAAAUGCAAUCAGACCGAGACGCUAAGGCUGAAAGAACUACCGCGUCUGCAGUGCAAAAUGAUUAAUAUUAUGAUUAUUACUUCAAGGAAAUGAUUAAGAAAUUAUCAUAAAUUUUCUUCCUUGAGCUGCAUCACCCUGCUGCAGUCCGUAAUGGACUGGCCUGUGUUCUUGCUACAAACAAGCGGCUGCUGGAAGAGAGUGGGUGAGUUGUGUUUAGUCUCUUUGCUAAACAAAUCAGGCAAAGUUAAAAAGAUGUUUGGUGGCUAGUGCUAUGGCUGGGUCCCUAUAUAAACUGUUGAUGAAGUUAGGUGCUGUUCUGAGCAUUAUUUGUGGCUAUAGAGUGGCUUUUUGGUUGAACACGUAGCUCUCUGUAUUGCUAUGUGCGGUCAUUACUAAAGUUGGUAUAACUAGAGAAGCAAGCGGUCGGCAACAUUUAUCUCUCAGCGGGGUGUCUAACUCGAUGUUACGGUGUGUUUAACCCUAACUUAAUUUUACGCUGGAAUAUCCCUUUAAGUCAAAGUCACAUAAAAGACAAAAGAAUCAUAUUUUUAUUCCCUUAAAAACAGACUUACCUUGCUCCUCUUAUAAAAUCCCCCUAAAUGUUUUCCCAGACUACUGACAGAGCAAGUAGAGCUGCCCUUCUGUGUGGACGGCUCCUGGGCAAGCGGGGUCCGGGUGGAGAGGGACGGCUCUGGGCUGGUGCAGGUCUGGAGCAAACAGAUCCAGCAGCUGAACAGAGUUAGCCCUGCUGUGGCCUCGACUGUGACUGCAGCCUACCCUUCACCUCAGCUGCUCCUGCAGGUGAGCAUGAGGACACAGAGGGAAAACAGGGGGUGAGGCCUGCAUUGUGCAAGUCAAGCAUUUUGGUAUUUUCUUCAGUAUUUUCUUCAGUAUUUUUUAAGUAACACACAGCAAAUGCCAAUUUAUAAACUUUCAAUGUCUGCAUUUUUAUUUUCUGAGGCAAAACCGGCAAAUAAAAAAAAAAUCUGUGUUUUUUUAGGCUUACCAGAGCUUGGCAUCAGAGGAAGAAAAAAAGAGUCUCCUGGCAGGUCUGUUGGUUAAAAAUGGAGGUAAAGAAAGACGAGUAGGGCCGGAGAUCUCAGCCAGAAUUUACCGCUGCUUCACAGCUAAGAACCCCCAGCUAGUCCUGGACUAAUGUGUCCACUUGAGAACAAGAUGGAUGGACUUCAGCAAGGAUUAAUCCCAGUUUGGCUGCCAGUAUGUUAAUGUUUACAAGCUAAAAAAAACCUUAGAUAUCAUGUUUACCUUCCAGUAGAGCAUUAUUUUACUCCUCUGGCUUUCAACAGAUGAACAGAGAUUGUAUUUUGUAAAGAAAGAUAUCAAGAGAUGUGUUUAAUUUUGCUACGUGAUAUACUGUAUAUAUGAAUUCAUGUAAUAUAUGUUGUCAAAUGUACACUUUGGUUUAUGUUUAAACUGAGUUAUAAAAUGAGCUGCAACAGAUAUUCCCAUUUUUCUUUUAUUUAACAGAAUUUCCUGAGUAAGAAAGUUCAUUACAAACUGUCAAUAGAAAAAACAUUCAUCUUGUUAGCAAGAAUACAACUGUUGGCAUUCAAGCCAAACACUGAUUACAAAACACGUUUACUGUACAAAAGUCUCGUCUUUGGUAUCAAAAAGCAGAUCAUCUCCUUUCUGGACUCCACACCUCAGAAUAAACACUUAGAGCUUUUCAGAGACAGAAACUGGCAGAUUUGAGAAGUAAAACCAAAGUGGAGCAGGACAAAUGGUUCUCAUUAACAUGCUUUUAGCUUUUGGAUAAAAUAAGAACUCUAAUCAUCUCUUAUAUACUCUCUUCUGCCCCCACUCAUGAUUUGAAUGUCAUAAAUAUGACAAAUAAACAGAUAAAUGCAGCAAUUUUUAUCCAAAAGCUGAUUGCUUCAAUUCCCUAUAUUCAAAAGGAGAGAUUUAUGGCCUUUACAGAAUACCUGGCGGUCAACACUUAAUAAAGGGUUUUUUCUGCUGA